ACUGCACAAGUCCCCAGUCCAUUCAUUCUCGAUAUCUUGCCACUUGUUUAGUGCCGCGCCAACCGUCACCGGAAUCGCUCGUCACGUUGUUUUGUUGAACACAUCCAAUACGCGAGUGACAUUUUUUAGUUUUAAAAACAAAAACUUGAAGUUAUUUACUAAGUUUUAUCAAACAACGAAUGGUGGUGUUGUGAAACAGUGCGAGAUUUCUUAAAAGUAAAUUGAAAACAUUUGCGGACGCGUGGCUUGGAGAAGUUGAAAAACAAACGCUCGCCCGCUCGUCUUGAUUCUCAUUUCUCAAGUUUCCGAAUGGUCCUCCACGAUAAUUAGUUUGGUAAAAGUGUGUGUGUGCUGUGGACGCUUGAUGCUUUAAUUAGGACUUGAUUAGCAGUUUGCUUUACUCGAUUCGUGUUCACGACUUCGGAAUCAUCAAUGAUUAAGUUGGAGACUCCAGAAGUGCACAUGUCUCUGCCAAUGCCGCCGCGUGCGCCGGACCCGGCGGCCUUGGCGGCCUACUGGGCAGAGUAUGAGGACCUGUGCCGACAGAUCAGCACCGCGCACAGCAACGAUGACGAUGACAAUCACUACGAAGAAGGCGAAUUGGAAACGGAAUGGCUGCAAUCUGCCGGCCUCGGUUCCCUCGCGGCCCCGUUCCAGGCAGGCCUGGAAGUCACCGAGGCCCAGCUGGGUGAGGCCGUGAGGCCUUUGCCCCGGGAGCAAGCGGCCGCCGUGCGCCGCCGUGUCAGGAGGCUCAACAGGACUGUGAGGAGGAAACGCGCAGCCUCCAGAGCCAAGAAACCCGACAUUAGAGAUGUCUUUAGAGACUUAGAGAACUCCAGCGGCAGCGAGCCUCGGUCGCGCAGUGCGACCCCUGACUCGUUGGACUCGCUGCCCAGCGGCGGCUCUGGUAGUCCCCCUACUGAAUGGGCCGACAGCGCCACGCCACCUGACUUUGUUGACAGCUACCCCCUCCCGGGCACGCACGCGCCCAUCGCGCGCACGCCGUCCGCGCCCGCCACGCGCAGGACGCGCCUGUCCCCGCCCGGCCCCGGCUCCCCGCCGCGCCCCGUCCAUGAACUCUUCAAGCCCAACGACCUGCACUGGGCAGACAUCGCCACCAACACCGAGGGUAUCGAGCUGCUGGGCUACCAGAGGUACGGGACGGUUCAAGGGCCGCGGAUAGGGAAAGAGCGCAUCAAUGGAUCCAUCUUGAAAGAGAACGACCCUUUUAUGAAACAUGCCCCAGUGUCGCGAACAAAAAGUGCAGCAUCAACGCAACAGCCGCUCAGUUUUGAGCACAAGUUCAACUUGGACAGACAGAUGAUAGAUCAUGAAGAGGAAUGGCCCGAAGAAGGCAGCACAGUUGACAUCGAAACAUUAAACGAAUCACAGGCGAAGAAGUUGCAGCCGAUACUCUGGCUCGAAUUGACGACGCUGUUCGACCGGUACUCCCUGCCCUUCCACAAGAGAAAAUCGCCAAAGAAGAAGAGAAAAGAAGAGGGCAUGGUAUUCGGCGUGGCACUGGAGACUCUCCUCCGCAAGGACAUGAUCCUGUGGGAGGAGACGUGGAGCUCCGUGCCGUCUGUGCUCCGCGCACUGUCGUCAGCCUUGCGCGCGAGGACCAAGGACGAAGGGCUACUGCGAGUGCCGGGGAACAAACAAAAGAUCGAAACGCUCUGUCAGCUAAUAGAGCGUCAGUGGUACGAGGACCGAGGCAGCGUAGAAGCCGCGUUGCGAAGAGCAACGGGACAUGAUUUGGCGGCCGUGUUCAAGCGCCUGCUGCGGUCUCUGCCCCAGCCUCCGCUCACACAAGAACUUAUGAGGCUCUUCUAUCACACGUAUGCACUAUCGGGCACCUCACAAGGCCGAGCCCUCAACCUGCUAGUAUUGCUGCUGCCGUCGGAGCAGCGCGCCACGCUGCGCGAGAUCCUGCUCCUGGUGCGCGAGAUCGUGGCCAUGAGCAACACCAACAAGAUGAGCGAGCACAACGUCGCUAUGAUCAUUGCUCCGGCGCUCUUCCCGCCCAGUCUCCUGAUCAAGCAAUCAGACAGCCUCGAAACCCAACUGGCGACAGCAGCUAACAGCUGCCACGUCACUGAAGCGCUCAUGCGUUGGUGCGACCAGCUGUGGACCGUUCCGUCCUCGUGUCUCGCGGCCUCACAGAGAAAACCACCACUGCACCGGCGGAACCAUCACCCUUGAGUUGGCGACCAAUGCAAUAUCCAGUAUUCGUAACUUAUUGGAAUAAUUUUGGACCAUAUUUGGUCCAUUAACUGAAGAUCAGUGACCCAGUCACAGCACUUCAGCGAUCGAGUUGUGAUAGCUCCAAUACUCGAGGUUUCGUCCAACCUUUCGAAUGGUGGUCUCGAAUUUGUUUUGCUCACGAUGCACAGUAUUCAUAGCUAUCGGAAUGAUUCUUGACUAACUUUGGUCCUCAAACUGAAGAUUACUUAAUUAUGACACUAGUUCCAGGUUUGGUCCAACCUUUGCUAUGUUGGACUCGAUGGACCAGAUAACGUCAUAUCCUAUAGGUAUCUUAGUAUAAGUGAUUUGAUUGAUUUUUGUUGGACCAAUGCUUUGUUCUCAAACUUAAAAUUAUUUGAAUGGCCUUGUGCUGUGAUACUGGCUCAAAACUUGGACUCGAAUUAUGUUGUGGACUUUUGACCACAUUUGACAUGUUUGGUGCUUGAUGAUUGUGGUACGCUAAAUUAAAAAUGGCUGGAGCGAGUUUAAUCACUUUACUAAACCGAAAGGGCGUGGCCCAUUUCUCAGAAUGUUGCCCUUGAAUUAUACCUUGGUCCAGCAACACCAACUCUCGAAUGUUAAAUGCCCGGUUUUGGACCAAUGUCGAAUUUGUUUUUGCUAUAAGUAUUAUAUAUAUUUAAGAUUUUUGUUUGAGUCACACUGAGCUGUGUUUUAUUCCUGAACAAUAUUGAGUGAUACAGUUAUUAUUAAUAAAAUAAUUAUUAUGAUAAAAUAAAUAAAUAAUUAAUAAUAUGCAUAUACUCUGUGUUAAUUGUAUAGUUAACGCAUUUAGUGUGGUAUACAACAUGUGAAUAAGAUGCCAAAUAUUCAUCAUUAUCAUUAUUCUUAAAUAUAAUAUUAAUAAGUUGUUAUGUUAAUAUCUAAUCGUAAAAAAUUAUUCCAGUUUUUGAGGCUGCUAUAAAAUUAAUUCUAAAAAUUAUCUACUUUUAAUAGAACAUUGAAACAACGAAAUAUGCGCUUUGCUACAAUAGUUAUCUGUGGUAUAUUCAUUUUCAAAUAGAGAUCUAAAGAGCGUAGGUACUUUGACUUUGCUCAGACUUAAGACAAGUUGUUAAAACGAGACAGAUUUACGUCCGCGACAUAACGCUCUCUCGUUUUAAAAGUGUGUGUCUUAAAUUAAUCUGAGCAAAGACAAAGUGCGCUUUAUAGAUUUCAGACGUGUAUUGACCAAAUUGCGUAGAAAUCUCGCAAACAAGUUCUAAUGACAGAAUGAUGACGUCACCACCAUUAGAUGCGGAGGUGCAAAGAUAACGAGAUGUUUCUAUCCCUCUCAGUUUCUUGCAGUUAUUUGCGAUCGCGUUUAGUCGAAAGAAAAGAGGGCAAAAUGUAAAGGUGCGAACACACUCUUGUGUUGUUGUGUGUUGUGAGUUAUAACGCGACAUGCAGAAGGCAAUCGGGGCUAUACAACAUUUCAUAUAUAUGAUAAGUACACUGCCUAGUAUAUCGUGGCGCUUUGGCGCUCAAUCCUCACACCAUAUUUGCAACACAAAACAAUACAAUACACGUGUGUCUGCACCUCAAGUCGAAUAAAAACGCAGCUAACCUAAAAACCAAACAAACUUAAAAACCAAAACUUCGUGAAGAUCAUGUUUCGUUGGAUCAAAACGUAUUUAAUGGUGUGUGGUGCCAUUGGCUUUGGUCUGGUGUAGUUACCAUUUUAUGAAAGCAAUAUAAACGUACGGUUGUAGGAAUGGUGCCUUUUUAGCAUGUAAGCGAAGAGCCAGGGAGUGAUUUCUUCAGUGUUUUUAAAGGUGCAAACUUCAUGUAAACUAUUGAGUCGUUGCGUGUUGUGAUGCGAAAAAGUCAUGAUAUAAACAAGUAUCGAUCGCGAUCCAAUUGGUCGAUGGUUACGCUUGAAUGCGUUAUGUGUUGUAACUUAUGACACACAACACAAGCUCUAUUGUCACGCCAAAGUGCGUUACGACACGCCACAACACUAAUUAGUUUGCACUUACAAAACUAUAUUUUAAGGCAUACACAGUAUGAUGCGGUUCUUUACACCGUUUUAAAUUGAAGACGUGAAUCGACCAGUUAGAUUUUCGACAGAUGACCUGAUAAUUUUUUCACGUCAUCUAUUAAGAAUCUGAUUGGUCUGCUAAACACUUCUCCGUCCAUCUUUGCUUUAGUGGAUACCGGAUCUAAGGCUUUGGUCUUUAUUAAGUCCUAACGAAUUCACAAGAUUUGUACAAAUGUGUACCUGUAAGUAUAAACACUUCGAAAAUAUUCCCACUGGCUCUUCGAUUCUAUGAUAUUUUAUAACUUAGUACUCA